CCUCAACGGCAAUGUCUGUGGCGUGUUUUCUGUUUAAAGGUGGGACUUUAAGUAUUCAUGGAGUCUUGCUAAAACAUCUUUAAGGUAAAAAAGAAAAUUAAGUAAUGGAAGAAAUGAAAGGAGUUAAAUUUUACCGGGGGCGUACGAGUGAUAGUUCUCUACCACGGAGUAAUUGUGAAAGAUACAACGAAAUCGGAGGAAUAAACUCACCCAUAGAUAAUCGCACCAAGAUAAAUGAUUAUCAUUUUUACACUGGUUCCAAUUUCGACAAUUCAAGUGUCAUGCAAGAAGAUGCUGGAAAGAAAUCAGCGCACAAAGAUGUACAAAACCAGUCCAAAGACUUCGGGAAUACUUCUGGCAGCAUAAAGUCAUUUGAUUCUACUGAGAAACAGAAAAGUUUUCGGCGUCUUAUUAUCAGGUUCGCCGAGAAAACAUCGAUGACAGGCGUCCCUUACAUCAAUAAUGCAAAGUUUUGGUGGGCAAGAUUAAUUUGGUGUUUUAUGUUGCUUGCUGCAAUUGCCGCAAUGUCUUUGCACCUUUGGUAUCUGAUUGACCAAUACACAGACUAUCCUGUGCAGACAAAAAUUUCAUUGGGAUUCCAGACUCUUGAUUUUCCUGAGGUUACUUUAUGUAACGUUAAUAUCCUAAACAGACGUCGUUUGGACGACUACAAUAAGGCUGAAAAACUAAAGGAACUUCUUGAUGAAUUACACCCUGAAAACCUUGUACCAAAUCAGUAUCUUCGAAACAAUGUUUCAUACGCCUCAAAAAGUCCAUCUACAAGGGAACAACAAGGCGAUGCUUACCUAGGACUGGCUAGCCAACUUCCGAGCGAAUCAAGUUCUCAAGGGGGUCAACAAAGCAGACAUAAACGAUUUAUUGACAAGUAUAAAAGCUUCAAUAAAACCCGUUUUGAUGGAAAAGAACGUCCAAAUGUUCGAGAAAUAGGACCAAAAGAUCAAAAUGAUUUUGAUGGAGAGGUAGAUUUUAGGACAGAGCUUGAAGACCUAUUUAAAUGGCUGUUCAUGUCAAUCCCUAAACGGGAGAGGGCUGAACUAGGCCACAAUAUAACAGACAUGCUGAUUAGCUGUACAUUUAAUGGGAGGACGUGCUCUUCAAAGUAA